GCACUAAAUUAGCCCUUAAAGUGAGAAUGAAGAAGAUUGCAUCGCGCUGUACAGAAGAAAGCAAACGCUGCCGAAUGAACUAAUUGCAAACUUUAGUCUGAUAAACGCCCGUACGCAAUUAUCUUUCUUAUCAACGACGACGACGAGGAGGUCCUACAAGCAAUCAAUAAUUGUCUACCCUCCCUAAAAAUACCACACCGACGUUCAGCGACAACAAGUUGCUGCCGAAAACAACAACUCAACUCACGCGCGCUCAGUUGCCUCUUGCGCCUCGAGCAGAACACAAGAAACCCGUCCGCGAAGACUUGGUCGCUCUUUAUCUUUCCGCGCGCGUACCCCGUUGAAGUUGCGUUCAGUUCACGGUAAAUCGUCGUCCAGCGAACAGCAGCAGAUCAUCGACCGGAGUCAGGCCGCCAAGGCCGCGUGUUGUUCUUCCAAGUUGUGGCAGGUCCAGGUCGAGAGAAGCAAGUUUUUUUUUGUGUGCGAAGUUUGAGUUGAAGUUGAAGCACGAUGCCGAACGCCGUCAACGAUCAUCCGAUUGGCAAACAGAAGCUGGCCCCGAGGUUCAACCGGUUAAAAGUGCUAAAUAUAAUCAAACUGGCCACGAUGGAUAAGAUGAAGGAAGCGGAAGGGGCCGGUGGCGUGGGAGGAGGUGGAACUGCGGGUGGCGGCGGCGGCGGAACCACCGAGGGAGGAGACGCAUUUCACAGUGAGUUCUACAACACGGGCCGCAUCGGCCGACGGAACGCCCUGCCGGACAUUCUGGGCUCACACUGCACAACCACGACGGCGGACCUUCCGACGCAGCUGGGCGCACUGUCUACCUCCGAUUGUCCCACCAAAGCACCCAACACCCAGGCCGGCAGCCCGAUGAUGUCCAAUACCGCCACGACAUCGGCGACCGGCGGUGGCGGGGGUGGCGGUUCCUAAAACCCCACCCUCCGCCCCCUUCUCUUUCGAGAGCUGCGAUCUUUGCUUAAGCUAAGGCCCAUUUGAUUUGUAAGCCAACAUUUUACUACGACAAACACAAACCAAACAAAGCAAAACAGGCCAUUUUAGAGCGUCACCCUGCUCGCGGGCACAAACACGACAACACGACAAAGGCGGAUGAACUGUGUGAGUUUUGUAUGGAAUUAGCAGUCUGUUUUUUCGUAUUACAAAAAAAAAAAAAAGAAAGGGAUAAACACACACCACACUCACGGAUCUCGUUUUAGCUAGCAAUCAAGUAUUUUGUCCAAGCAAGAAAAAAAUCACAAAAAAGUGCGAGUGCGUCAACUGACUGAGAACAAUGUUUGAAGCGUGAAACAUCACAACAUAUUAGUUAUGAAACAAAACAAACAAACAAAACAAGCAUUGUACAUUUUUUGUGUUUUUUGUCGACCAAAGAAAUUGUUACGUUCCCGUUUAGAUUGAA